AUGCCGAAACCUACAGAUAUCCCAUCCUUCGCGGCGACCCAGCUCACCCUGCUCGACGCCGAACUGCAGGCCGAGCUCGCGGAAACAAACGCGCUGCUUUCGUCACACACGCCAACCGCGCUUUCCCGCGCUGGGCUGGCCAUCCUGAACCUUAAUGUUUCCUCUAUACGCACUGGCCUCGGCGGCAAAAGUGUGGUCGAGCUCGGACUUGACCCGGCGGUCGUGACAAAAGGCGAGAAGGCGGAUAUUCCCGAACAUGGGAUUAGAGUGGGAGAUAUUGUGGCCAUACAGGACCAGCCAACUGGGAGCGCGAAGAAGACCGAGAAGCGUGAACUCGCGAAGAAGGGCGUCGAAGGCGUGGUGCUGAGAGUGAGGAGGGAGAACAUCGAAGUAGUGCUGGAUAAGGAGGAUGCAGAUGUGCCCAGCGGAGGGAAGCUAUGGAUGAUGAACCAAACCAUGACGAAGCUUCAGAAAUUCGAAGAGCAAGAGUACACGCCUUUCAUGCGGGUGCUGUUCGGCCAGGGGACACCUUCGCCUCUUCCGACAGAUCUCAAUGACCCUUCCAAUCCACUCCACAAGCUCGAAUGGAAUGAUCCGACAUUGAACGAUAGCCAGAAGGAGGCUAUCAGAUUUGCUCUGGCAUCGCGAGAGGUUGCCUUGAUCCAUGGUCCGCCAGGAACUGGCAAGACUCAUACGCUGAUCGAACUAAUCCUACAGCUGCUAAAGCAAAAGCUUCGUCUGCUGGUGUGCGGGCCGUCAAACAUAUCAGUGGACAACAUCGUUGAGCGGCUCGCUUCUCACAAGGUUCCAAUGAUUCGUCUGGGCCAUCCAGCGCGCCUCCUGCCCUCAGUCUUGAACCACUCUCUGGACGUCCUCACUCGAACGUCCGAUGCCGCGGCUCUCGUCCAGGAUGUGCGCAAGGAGAUGGACGAUAAACAGGCGUCUAUUCGCAAGACCCGGAAUGCAAAAGAGCGCCGACAGGUUUACAGUGACCUGAAAGAGCUGCGGAAGGAGUACAGAGAGCGGGAGAAGGCCUGCGUGGACAACUUGGUCCGCGGAAGUAGUGUUGUGCUUGCGACGCUGCACGGGGCAGGUGGCUUCCAUGUGAAAGGGCAGGAGUUCGAUGUGGUAAUAGUGGACGAGGCUAGUCAGGCCUUGGAAGCGCAAUGUUGGGUCCCUUUACUUUGGGUCAAAGCAUCGAAGCUAGUGCUAGCCGGAGACCACCUGCAACUACCGCCAACUAUCAAGUCGCUAAACUCUAAAGAAGCGAAAGCAGCGAAAAAGGAAGCCAAGAAGAAGGAUGAAAAGAAGAGCAAGGACAAGAAAUCGAAGGCUGAAGAUGGUGCUCAGAACAAUGCGGAGCCGUCAGUAAAGCCGGUGGCAGCAGACAUGACGUUGGAAACAACGCUCUUUGAUAGGCUGCUGGCACUCCACGGCCCAUCUAUCAAACGCAUGCUAACGACGCAAUACCGCAUGCAUGAGAAAAUCAUGCAGUUUCCUUCUGCCGAACUAUACGAAUCGAAGCUUAUAGCUGCCGACUUCGUCAAGGAUCGAUUGCUCAAGGAUCUGCCAUACAGUAUCAAGGAUAGUGAGGAUACUCGCGAACCGAUCGUCUUCUGGGAUACUCAGGGCGGAGACUUCCCCGAAAAGACCGAAGAUGAAGAGCUGGGGAAAGGCGCUAAAGGCAUGAGCCUGGGCGACAGCAAGUCCAACGAGGCAGAAGCCGCGCUGGUCAGACUGCAUGUCAGUAAUCUCGUAGCUGCUGGUGUCAAAGCGGAGGAUAUAGCAGUGGUUACGCCGUACAAUGCUCAGCUAGCCAUCCUUUCUGGAAUGCUUAAAGAAGCAUAUCCAGGCAUUGAAUUAGGCUCCGUCGACGGGUUUCAGGGCCGCGAAAAAGAAGCCGUGAUCGUCAGCAUGGUGAGGAGCAAUGCGGACCACGAAGUCGGGUUCCUGGGCGAAAAGCGGCGAUUGAAUGUGGCGAUGACGCGACCAAAAAGGCAUUUAUGCGUUGUUGGCGACUCGGAUACGGUAGGCAGGGGCAGCAAGUUCCUCAAGGCGUGGAUGGAAUUCUUGGAGGAGCAUGCGGACCUGCGAUACCCCAAUCUUAGCGACAUAUACGUGGACGAACGGAAUGCCGGAUGA